CUUCCAAAUAAAGAAAUAUCAUAAUCAUAUUUCAUUUCAAAAAGAAAAAAAAAAGGAAAAGAGUUUUAUCUGUUCAUUUGGUUUAUUCCAAUUCCCACACAAAAAUCCAAUUCCAUUAACAAACUCAAAAUCAUCAAGUUGUUCAGAAAAAAAAAAAAAAAAAACCCAUUUCAGCUUUGACUUGAAAGAAUUGUUUUUCUUUUGUCAGCUGAAAAAAAUUGUAAAUUUCAAUCUUUGGGCGUUUUUGUUUUCAAUCAGAUCUGAUUAUGUUGAAGGUCAAAUCUUUGAUUUGAUACCUGGAAAAAACAGGCGUUGGAAUUUGCAACAUAAUCAUCAACUUUUGGUUUUAAUUGUAAUGGAUUUGGAUGAUUUCAGAUCAGUUCUUGAAACAGCUGGUGUUGAUGUGUGGACUUUUAUAGAUACCGCAAUCCUGGUAGCUUCUUUGGAUUAUGGCCAAGAGUUUAAGCAAAGGAGAGAUGGGAUUGUGGAGAGGCUUUAUGCUACUUCCAUGGUUACCAGGUGUAAAAGCUGUGAUUUUGGUGAGAGGUCAAAUGUAUAUCAAGUUAAUAAAGAAGAUAGCCCCCAUGAAGGUAAAGGAGGAGGAAAAGGGUCUCCUUUUACACCUCAUUCUGAUAAUGAAGAUGAUGAUAUGGACCCUUAUGGAGGCUUGUUUGAUGAUGAACAAAAAAGGGUUCUUGAGAUUAAGGAGCGUCUUGAACUACCUGAUCAGUCUGAGGAUUCUUUAGUUGAUUUACUUCAAAGCUUGGCAGACAUGGAUAUAACAUUUCAAGCUCUCAAGGAGACUGAUAUUGGGAGACAUGUUAACAAAUUGAGGAAACAUUCAUCAAAUGAUGUUAGGAGAUUAGUGAAGCAACUUGUCAGGAAGUGGAAAGAAAUUGUAGAUGAAUGGGUAAGGGUGAAUCAACCUGGAGAACCAGAACCUGCUGGACUUAUGGCAGCCGAUGGAGAUUCACCACAGCAAAAACUUCCUCAAAAUGGUCGGCAACAGGUUCCUGAUUUUGCAUACUCUCCUAAUCCCCACAAUGGGAGUUUUGGUUCGGAGAAGAAUAAUUCAGAACCUGAAAGGAAGCCAAAGCCAAUCCCUCCUUCCCGAAAAGAUCCUCCACCAAGACAUACUCACUCAACUCCUCCACAAAAUGUACAGAGACAGAGAGAACAAAAGGAAAGCAAUUUUGACUCUGAAAGGCUGGCUUCUGCGAGGAAAAGGCUUCAAGAAAGUUACAAGGAAGCUGAAAAUGCCAAAAAGCAAAGAACGGUACAAGUGAUGGACAUUCAUGAGCUACCAAAACCCAAGAAUGCCUUCUUUGCCAAAAACAAGGGAGGUGGUUCUCAAGGGAGGCACUGGUGAUUGGGUGAAUGAGUUGGGAUUAAACGACAUCCCAAUUUAGGAUUUCAUUUCUAUUUUUCUGCUGUGAUCGUUGUAUAAGAUAGGAGUACUCUUCAUAUCUUUUAUAGGUUAUCUUUCCAUGUUCUUUCAUGGAUAUGUACUGAACUAUUAUCGAUCAUUUGAAAUUCUUGAGGGCCGUGGACAUCCAUAACCGUUCUAUUGGGGGUGAACUGUACUUCUUUGUUUGCGACAUGUUACCUUCCCCCACCCCCAACUGUGCGAUGUUUUUAAUUUGUAAUAUAUGUGAGUUUUCUUAAAAGAUAACUCCUUGUUUUGGAAGUAUGUUACAAUCUUUCAUUUUUUAUCAAUGCAAGCUGACUCUACCUUGAAGAUAAUAGUUGAUAUACUAGGCGAACUGAUAGUUUAACUUAAUGCAUACUAAGGGUAGCAGUACUUUGUGGGAUAUGGUUAUAACGAAAAUUUACUCUUUUUCUUUUCAUUUUUUUCCUUAAAAUUCUUUUGUGCACUACUUUUUUAAAGAUUAUGCAAGAAGCCAGCCAUGUGGAUUUUGUUUCAUUUGGUAGAUACCAUCUGUCUUUUGAAACAUUGAUGAGGUGUGCAGAGAAACCCUUUUUUAAUUUCAAAAAGUUUUCUGCCUCCACAUUUUCGGGUUAUAUGAUAAGGCUUCUCAACUUAUUGCAUCUGUUGAGAGGGUCAAGGGGACUCUGCACGGCUAAUACAGAUGUAUACAAACAGUGAGGUUGAUAUAUCAUAUGUAACUGCUCUUUUGUGGUUCAUGCAUUGUGGUUGAUGACUUCUAGAUUAUUUGUUUAGGGUAGUUGCUUGUACUUCAAAGGAUGCUUGAAUGAAGUUUCUUAUUAACUCUUUCAAUGCAGCUUCUUAUGCAGUAGUCCUAGUACUUGCUUUCCCCUAUGUCGCAAGCUUUUGCUCAGUGAUUUCAUUUUGUGGGACUUCUCACUCAAAGCUGAAUGCUUAGGAAAACAAGACUCCCUUCACCAGCAAACUCCAAACCAUAAUUCGCUCCAGGAGCAAAAAGAAAAGAACAAGAAGAAAAUAUCAAACUUACAUCCACCUCUCUCCACCUUUCUGUCUUCUCUAACAUGAUGUUUAGUUAACCAUUUUUCUUGUCAUUUUUGCUUGCAGGUGGUGUGGAUUAAAUGGCUAUAUGAAACUAUGUUUUGAGUCGAGCAAGAGAGUAAUAAGGCUCUCUUUAACUGGUAUUCAUCUUUAUGAAGUGAUCAAUUGCACUUUGGCCUUUAUGCUAUGACCAUAACCAACAAGAUGAAGUGGCCUUCAGCUUGUUAUGCUGGUUGGUGGAUGUAAUCUAUUGGACUUUGCAGUGAUGCAAUCAACAAACCAAAGGUAAACCUUUGAGCUUAGCAUUGAAGAUUGUUGAACCUGAAAGAGCAUAUGAAAGAGCUUGGUCGAAUAUGUGCAGUGCUUCGUUUUCGAUGUUUUAGGAAGCUAGAUGGCAUUCUACUUGGAUAAAAUUUCUAGAUAUCACGGAAUUGUGUUAAACAAUUAGCAUUAGUGGGAAGCUUUGAGGAGAACCAUGGCUACAUUGUUUUCGUUAUGGAAUCAUCUUAGACACAUGUAUUCACAGUUCACACACCCGCAAAAGAUGUCGAACCUUGAAGAUAAGGGGAUGCAUAUGCAGAUGCUGAACUAACUUGUUAGGCCCUAAGUUACAUAUGAUAGAUCAACCUCACUGUUUGCAAACCUCUUCUUUAAUUUGUGGGGAUAUAUAUGUUGUGAGAAGGCCUAAAAGGGUUUUUAUUGUUAAUGUAGGACAUUGUUUUAAGAUUUUGUACUUAUAAAACUCUUAUGUCUCCAAAUCAUCAUUGGUUUAAUUGAAAUAUUAAAUAGUUUUUGAAGAA